AUGGCCUCAAAGUCUAUUCCAAAAUCCGCGCUGAAACAGUCUCCUCUGCAUGCAAAUUUCACGAUCGGCUGGAUUUGCAUACUCCAGAAGGAAUAUCGGGCAGCACUAGCAAUUCUGGAUGAGAUCUAUGACAACAUCCCCCUGGCUCGCGGGGAGGGAGAUCGAAACCUCUACGUUCUCGGUCGAGUUGGGAAGCAUUACAUCGUUAUCAAUGUCCCUCCAUCAGACUGGAACGGGCGAAUCCGCGCAUCCACAAUCGCGCACAACAUGCGAAGCAGCUUUCCACGAAUGAGAUUCGUUCUUAUGGUUGGCAUCGCGGGAGGAGCGCCUUCACCAAAGGAGGACGUUCGUCUCGGCGACGUGGUUCUCGGGACUCAAGUCAUCCCCUGGAACACUGGCAAAUGGACGCAGCAUGGAUUCGAACGGACUGGAUUGACCAAAGUACCACCGAGAGAGCUCUUAGAAGCGAUCACCUUUCUGGAUCAGCGCUUUUGGUCCUCUGACGAGUUACUUUUGUCCAAGGCAAUUGAAGAUAUCGCCUCAAAAGCCCCUAAUGGAGUUGCAUUCAUUCGACCGAUCAAAGACCGUCUUUAUCAGCCGGGCUUUCCUCAUACAGAGUCAACGUGUGACUGCCUGCAGACUGAAUCUGGGUUACCGGGCCAGCUUUGUUUGCGUAGCCAGCGCAAUGGCGACUCGGUCAGGAUAUUCCAAGGAGCGAUUGGCAGCCCCAAUGCCUUUACAGGGAGCGAAACCGAAAAGUUAAGACAAGCUCGGGAUACCUUGAUUGAACGUCGCGACUUCUUCAGGGAGAUUAUAAUCCCCGAAAUUCGACAGAAACAGCGUAUAUUUCGCGACGACAGCCCGGAAUUACGAGACGAGAUCCAGAGACUAAAGGAUUCCCAAAAGGUCUUGAAAGGGCAUCUGCAGGAUAUCAAUGAUAUUCUGAAAGACCACGACUAUCUGGACUCGAGUCCGGAUCCGGCUGUUCGGGAAGAAUAUCGGGACUUGAGGACGCAGUUGGAAAAGGAUCUACAAGCAAUCGAAAGCCUCGCCAGUAUCGCGGGAGGUACUUUGAAGAAUACUGGUGAUAUGCUAAUGAACCUGGCGGGGAUUUGCAAGCAUAACGGUAUGAAGGUCGCGGGCGUGGUAUUGGUAGCUAUUAGUACUUUCCUUGGAAGGACCAUGAAACUCUGGAGAUCGAGUAAACUCUCACCGGAAGCUAUGUUGGAAUGGAUUCGUUCCAAAGUCGGGAUGAUGCGCGGUUCCGGUAAUGUAAAUGGGCAUAUCCAGCUUGUAUGA